CCCAGCCGCCCCCACCCAGGAGGGACAGUCGGGGACCCGCGCGACACCGAGGAGCCGGCGUCCGGGGUGGUGCGGGCGGCCCUGGGGCCCCCCGGCGCGGCGGGCGCGGAGAUGAUCCUGGAGGAGAGGCCCGACGGCGCGGGCACCGGCGAGAAGACUGCGCGGCUGCAGGGCUGUGACUCCCUGACACAGACACAGCGUGGCCAGCUGCAGAGCCGCAGGGCUCGGAUUUACCAGCAGAUCAACAAGGAGCUGCAGAUGCGGACGGGCGCUGAAAACCUCUACAGAGCCACCAGCAACAGCCGGGUGAGAGAGACUGUCGCCCUGGAGCUGAGCUACGUUAACUCCCACCUGCAGCUGCUGAAGGAGGAGCUGGAGGAGCUCAGCAGCGGCGCGGACUCUGGCCGGCGUGGGAGAGCCCCAGAAGCGGACAUGGACUGCCGAGGGCAGCAGGGCUCAGCCUUACAGUCUGGAGUCAAUGCUUCUGGUUGUAGCGAAGCUGUCACUGUUCCCAUGAUACCCCUGGGCCUGAAGGAGACCAAGGAGCUGGACUGGUCUACACCGCUGAAGGAGCUGAUCUCGGUGCACUUCGGAGAGGACGGCGCCUCCUAUGAGGCGGAAAUCCGGGAGCUGGAGGCCCUUCGGCAGGCCAUGCGGACCCCCAGCCGGAACGAGGCGGGCCUGGAGCUGCUCACUGCCUACUACCACCAGCUGUGCCUCCUGGACGCGCGCUUCCUCACCCCCGCCAGGAGCCUCGGGCUCUCCUUCCAGUGGUAUGACUCGCUGACCGGGGUCCCGGCGCAGCAGCGUGCCCUGGCCUUCGAGAAGGGCAGCGUGCUCUUCAACAUUGGCGCCCUACACACGCAGAUCGGGGCGCGCCAGGACCGUGCCUGCAUCGAGGGUGUCCGCUGUGCCGUGGAGGCCUUCCAGAGGGCCGCUGGGGCCUUCAGCCUCCUGAGGGAGAAAUUCUCGCGUGCACCAAGCCCAGACAUGAGUGCCGCGUCGCUGUGCGCACUGGAGCAGCUCAUGAUGGCCCAGGCCCAGGAAUGUGUGUUUGAGGGCCUCUCACCCUCUGCUUCCAUGGGCCCCCGCGACUGCCUGGCCCAGCUGCACCUGGCACAGGAGGCUGCCCAGGUGGCAGCCGAGUACAGGCUCGUGCACCAGACCAUGGCCCAGCCCCCCGUCCACGACUACGUGCCCGCCUCCUGGACCACCCUGGUGCACGUCAAGGCUGAGUACUUCUGCUCCCUGGCCCACUACCACAUAGCCAUGGCCCUCUGCGACGGCUCCCCAGCGACCGAGGGAGCGCUCCCCACACAUGAGCAGGUCUUCCUCCAGCCCCCCGCCUCCUCUAAGCCCCGAGGCCCCGCACUGCCGCUGGAGCUGGAGGAGCGCAGGAAGCUUGGCAAGGCCCACCUGAAGCGUGCCAUCCUGGGGCAGGAGGAGGCGCUGCGGCUGCACACGCUGUGCCGUGUCCUGCGGGAGGUGGACCUGCUACGGGCCGUGGUCGCCCAGGCGCUACAGCGUUCGCUGGCCAAGUACUCGGAACUCGACUAUGAGGAUGACUUCCGCGAGGCUGCUGAGGCCCCCGACGUCCGGCCUAAGACCCACCAGAAGCCAGAGGCCAGGAUGCCGCGCCUGUCCCAGGGGAAGGGGCCUGACAUCUUCCAUCGGCUGGGGCCCCUGUCUGUGUUCUCAGCCAAGAACCGGUGGCGGCUGGUGGGCCCCAUCCACCUGACCCGAGGAGAGGGCGGCUUCGGCCUCACGCUUCGGGGAGACUCGCCUGUCCUUGUCGCUGCCGUCAUUCCGGGGGGCCAGGCUGCGGCGGCAGGCCUGAAGGAGGGCGACUACAUCGUGGCGGUGAACGGGCAGCCGUGCCGCUGGUGGAGGCACGCGGAGGUGGUGGCGGAGCUGAGGGCUUCGGGAGACGCGGGUGCCAGCCUGCAGGUGGUGUCCCUGCUGCCCGGCUCUGGCCUGCCCGGCCUGGGGGACCGCCGGCCCGCCCUGCUGGGCCCCAAGGGGCUUCUAAGGAGCCAGAGGGAGCAUGGUUGCAAGACCCCAGCAUCCACAAGGGCCAGCCCCCGACCCCUCCUCGGCUGGAGCCGAAAGACCCAACAGGGCAAGACUGGAAGCUGCUCGAAGCCUGGUGCCCCAGCGAAGGCGGCUCCACCCUCACCCUCAGGGCUCCCAGGGCGGCUGUGAGGGCCGGGCUCCCCACACACCCCAGCUCUGGCUCCAGCUGGUGGGAAGCAUCAAGCACUCCCCCACCCAGAGGACCUGCAGGCAGUGCCUGCUUUGCCCCGUGCCGGAGGCUGCCUCGGGCACCUUCCCGCCCAUUAAAGACGAUGGUCAGACCUGUCUGAGCCCAGUGACGGGAGCCGUGGCCACUUCACCCAUACACAGGAAGGAUGCCAGUCCCUCUGUCGAUCUGAGGUCAGCUUCCUGGGGGCUCCUCACAGCCUCCCCUCUGUACCCCCAGGCUCUGUCCACCUGCUGCACAGACCCUGAGGUGUCAGUCCUGCCUCCAGCCAAGCUUCUGCCUGGUGCGCAGCACUGCUGCUGGGCACCCCUUUGCUGCUACUCCUGCCAUGCAGCAGCCAGGUGCAUCCAUGGAACCCACAGACCUCUAGGCAGGGUCCUAGCCAAGGCCCUCCCCCGAAAUACCUCCCAUUGUCCCGUCUGACCCCCGACCUCUGUGCUCUGUGCUGGUUAACCCAGCAAGUGUUCCCUUUGCCAAGAGUUCUGGUGUCAGGGCCCAGGUCUCAUGGCGGCCCUGAGCUGUGAGCCCUGCUGCCCACCGUGCUGUCCUGCUCUGAGCAUAGGUGCCACCCUCCAGCUCCUGGGCAUGUCACCUCUCCCUGAUCCUGGGGCCAGCCCCGGCCCCCAACCUGCCUGGCUGCUCCUGCUGGCCUCCACGGGCCGUGAGUUCUGUGUCUCAAGCAGGGGGAGUGGGGACUGCCUCCAGGCCUCUGAACACUGGGCGAACAAAGGCCAUCAGCAGGAAUGACGUCCCCAGGACAGCAGUGGGCUCGGGCCUGGGCUGCACCGGAGGGAGGGGAUGGGAAGGGCCGCAGGGCGGGCAGGCCUGAGCUGCACCCAAGAGAAGCCACAGAGCAGGGCCACCACCCAGGGCCCCAGGGCCCAGCUGGUUCUAGAAGGGACAGGGCUGGCGGGAGUCAUUCCUGAAGCCACCAGGGGGCAGCCGCCACCCACUCAGCAGCCCCGAGAGGCAGUGUGGGCAGGUGCAGCUUGGGAGGGCCAAGCCACAGACCCUGGGUGUCAAGGAGCCCCCAGCGCUACAAAACCCCUCUCGUCCCGGCCCUUCCAAGGGUCCUCCAGGUGGGGGCAGCCCGUCCUGUGGGCCAGGCUCCAGUUCCAGGACAGGACCCUGCACUGCCACCUCCCUUGUGCUUCAGCCAGGAAAAUGGGGUGCCAGUGGAGUGUGUGGGGGUCCCAGAGACGCAGGCGCCACGGUGCCAUCUUCCUGGGUGGGAGGGCGGGGCUGCCCAGCCUGAGCCAAGGUGGGGAUCCAUGUGUACCCCUUUCCCCCCCCCGCCCUCCUGGGAAAAUCCCCGGCUCAGCAGAAUGGUCCAAGGUCACAAAGGUCUCCCCAGCACGUAUUAAUUUGAUUAAUAAAACUGCUUCAAGGA